AUGUCUCAAAUCUACUACAAGUUUAAAAGCGCUAAAGAUUAUGAUACUCUCACCUUUGAUGGGUUAGGAAUUACCGUAUUUGAUGCUAAGAAAGAUAUUCUAACGGCUAAAAAACUAAAAGGAAAUGACUUUGAUAUUGUAAUUUCUCACGCCGAAUCAGGCGAAGACUAUUCGGAGGACACUGCAACUAUUCCAAGAAAUACUCCAAUAGUUGUGCGUCGUGUCCCAACAAAACCGGGGAAAGGAACGGCACAACGUUAUUUGGAGGGAGGACCGGCAUCGCAGCGAAACUUUGCAGUAAACAAUCGAGGGGGUACUGGAUCUACCAACGGAAUUAUGUCUAAAACCUUCGAUCCGUCAAAACAACCACAACAAGUAUCACGCACUACUCCCACUCCUGUUACCUCGCAUAUCACGAAUGAAGAACAAACAGAAGAAGAUAAAAUAGCAGCAAUGUUUGCCCAAACAACCGAAUUUUGGGAGAGGACUCAAGAACAAAUGGCUUCUAAGCCUCCUCUAAGAAAAAUUCCCCAAGUUCGCCCACAAGUGAAACCAACAAUCCAAAAAGCUCUGCCCCCUAAUUAUGUUUGUUAUAGAUGUGGACAAAAGGGACAUUGGAUACAAGCAUGCCCCACUAAUGGUGAUAGAUCUUUUGACCAUAUGAAAGUUAGAAAAACAACAGGAAUACCAAGGAGCUUUUUACAAAAAGUUGAACAGGUGCCCCCAGGGAAAGGUGUUCUUGUAACACAAGAUGGAAAUUUGGUGAUAGCACAGGCAAAUGAUGCUGCAUGGCAAAAAUUCCAUGCCCGUCAGAAAUCAUAUGUGACUUCUAACGAAAUUCUUGAAGACUCAUUCCCGAUUCCGACCGAACUCCAAUGCAUGCUAUGCACUCGACUACUAAAAGAAGCUAUUAUAACACCGUGUUGUCGGGCUUCCUUUUGCGAUGAAUGUAUACGACACGCUCUUAUCAAUCCCGAACAAGAAGAUCAACACUUCAAGUGUCCAGGUUGCCGAUCGCAUUUGGUUCCUGAUGAGUUAGUUCCUGAUAAAUCAGCACGAGAAGCUGUAGAUAAUCAUUUGAGGGAAUGGGCAAGACGUAGGAAUGAACCCGCUACACCUGAAACUAAGGAAGAUGAAGGAACAAUUAAUAGAGUUGCCGUGGAUAGUGCCAUAGAUGGUACCAUAGAUGGUACCACGGUGGCUAUCAAUAACAUAGAUAACUCAACAGUAAAAGAAACGUUGACGAUAGAUUCAUCUAAUGUUGAAAUUCCAUCAAAACCAGAAGAAAAGGAGAACAAAUCAAAUGAUGUAGUAGAAAUUGUGAAAGAUAAUGUGGAGGAUUCUGGACAGCCUUCUCAAAUUCAAAAACCUAAACCAGAACCGGUAGUUUCACAAGGUUAUGGUCAACUUGGAUAUUAUAACGAUUAUGGAUUCGGAUACGAUCAAAAUCAAGCAUUUUGGUAUGAUGAAGGUGGAUACCCUCAAAUGAAUGUGAAUAUGAUGAACGGACCUGGAUAUUAUGAUCCAUCAUAUUUUGAUGGAUUCUAUCCCUCAGAACCAUUCCCUUCCCAACCACAAUUCGUGCCACAUUUUAGACCACCUAUGUACGAAGAUUUUUGGGAUAAUAGGCCGGUUCUACAACCACAAAGUAAUUUUGCACCAUUUAAUACUAACAUGGGUGGUGGUGUGUCUGGAAUGCAGCCAUUUAGGGGUGUUGGCUUCCAACGAGGAUUUUCGCGUGGCGGUUUUACAGGCCGCGCUCGCGGUCGCGGAAGGGGUGGGGGCCCCGGGUAUUUCAAUGAACGUGUAUUUCCAAGCGGACGUGGGAGUAGUGAUUUCAGACGCGAUGCAAGUGUUUCACCUUCAAUUGGAAGACGAGAGAUAUCGGAAAGACAAGAUUUCCGUGAAGACGAAUUAAAAUACGAUGAAGAUCGGCUUGUUGAUGAUUACGGUCGGGAUUUGGCACGUCGUAAAUCAUCUGUAUCUCAUGUUUCAGCAGAUAAAGAUAAUGAUAUCCGGGAUAAACAUUCGCCUUCUAUUUCUGAACGUGAGAGACGUGAUAGAGACCCAAUACAAGGACGUGACAGAGAUUUGAUGAUACAAGGACGUGAUAGAGAUUUGAUACAAGGACGUGAUAGAGAUUUGAUACAAGGACGUGAUAGAGACUUGAUACAGGAUGAAGAUAUUGAAAAGUCUCGCCAUAGUAGAUCUCCUAUAAGAGAUACUCGUAGUAAACCCUCAAUUUCUUCAAGAAGAAGUCGAGAUAAAGAUGAUCGCCGAUAUUCUGAUGAUAGACGAUAUUAUGAAGAACGUCGUUAUUCUGCGUCUGAAAGAAGAGAGGAUAGACGUGAUUCCAAUCCUUCCGAAAGACGCGAUUCUAACUUUUCCGAAAGAAGAGAAGAAAGACGUGGAUCCGCUUUGUCUGAUAGAAGAGAAAGGCGAGAUUCCGCAUUAUCCGAAAGGAGAGAUGAAACGAAAGUCGAAAGGAGAGAUGAAAGGAGAGAUGAGAGAAGGGAUGAACGAAGAGAUUCUGCUUUAUCUGAUAGAAGAGACAUUAGAAAUGAGCCUAUAAAUGAAAGGAGGGAUAGUCUACGAUAUGAUAAACGUGAUGUCAUUGGUGAAAGAGGUGAAAUUAGACAAGUUUUAAUGGAUGAUAGGAAAGAAUUUAAGGAUCAGUCUAUACCUAAUGAUCAUCAUAAUGUACAAGAAGAUUUUAAAAAUAGCUGUUCACCUACGGCGAAGCCAAUACACGAUGAAGAUAAUAGGGUUGAAUAUCAAAGUCCCCAACAAGAUUCCGAUGUUGAUGUUAAUGUACGAGAAAUGCGAGAUGACGAGAUUAGCCCAUCGGCCUCAGCAGAACAACUCUCUGAAGACAUUGAACGUAGAACGAGAUCACGUUCCCCCAAACAAUUACUAGGAUCCGAACAAUUAUUAAAUGAUGAGGAGGAUGACGAAGUUGAUAAUGUCAUUGACGUUUCAACUAAUGACGAUGACACUAUUUUAAUCGAAGAAGAUAUACUAAUGAAUGAUGACAAUGAGCCUGCUUCACCUUCUCCCGGAAAAUAUUCAUCAUUCUCUGAAAAACGACGUCAUUCGUCAUCGCACAAGCACCGCAGUAGUAAAUCUCACCGAACACACUAUCCCGAAAAGGAAGAUCAAGAUAGAAGAGCAAGAUCUAAACAUUUAAGUACCAACCCUUCAAGAGAUGAUCAUCAUAGUAGUAGUAGUAUUCGCAAACAUAAAAAACAUCACUCAUCUCGUCAUCAUAAUAGUAGACAUCACCAUAGCAGUAGAUCAAAAGAUGGCGAUAAUAAACGUAGAUAUAAAGACGCUCCAGAAAUACAUAGACAUCGCAGUAAGUCAAGGGAUAGAGAUGAUCGCCGAUAA